UGUGCUUGCUUUUUGCAGUACCUGCUGCGGCUGCUUUCGGCAUGGAGGAAAUUUAUGCGAAGUUUGUGUCUCAGAAAAUCAGCAAAACCCGCUGGCGACCGCUGCCUCCGGGAAGUUUACAGACCGCGGAGACGUUCGCUACAGGAUCUUGGGACAAUGAGGAAAAUUAUGUUUCACUGUGGUCUAUUGGAGAUUUUGGAAACUUGGACUCUGAUGGAGGGUUUGAAGGAGACCAUCAGUUAUUGUGUGAUAUCAGACACCAUGGUGAUGUAAUGGAUUUACAGUUUUUUGACCAGGAAAGAAUUGUCGCUGCUUCAUCAACAGGAUGUGUAACAGUUUUCCUUCACCAUCCAAAUAACCAGACUCUGUCACUCAACCAGCAGUGGACUACAGCUCAUUACCACACAGGCCCUGGCAGUCCUUCCUAUAGCAGUGCACCAUGUACAGGUGUUGUGUGCAACAACCCAGAAAUCGUUACAGUUGGAGAGGAUGGUCGAAUAAAUCUCUUCAGAGCUGAUCACAAGGAAGCUGUAAGAACCAUAGACAAUGCAGAUAGUAGUACACUCCAUGCUGUAACCUUUCUUCGAACUCCUGAGAUUCUUACUGUAAAUUCAAUUGGACAGUUGAAAAUAUGGGAUUUCAGACAACAAGGAAAUGAGCCUUCUCAGAUAUUGUCACUGACUGGUGACCGAGUGCCACUCCACUGUGUUGAUAGACAUCCCAACCAACAGCAUGUUGUAGCUACUGGUGGCCAAGAUGGAAUGUUGAGUAUUUGGGAUGUUAGACAAGGUACUAUGCCUGUAUCUCUGCUGAAGGCUCAUGAAGCUGAAAUGUGGGAAGUUCACUUUCACCCAUCCAACCCAGAUCAUCUGUUUACCUGCUCUGAAGAUGGAUCCCUCUGGCACUGGGAUGCUUCCACAGAUGUACCUGAAAAGUCGUCACUCUUUCACCAAGGAGGAAGAAGCAGUACUUUUUUGUCUCAUAGCAUUAGUAACCAAGCUAAUGUUCACCAGUCUGCCAUUAGCUCCUGGCUCAGCACUGAUCCUGCAAAAGACCGAAUUGAAAUCACAAGCUUACUUCCCAGUAGGUCUCUGUCUGUCAACAGUUUGGAUGUUUUAGGUCCUUGUCUUGUUUGUGGAACCGAUGCAGAAGCAAUUUAUGUUACUAGACAUCUUUUUUCUUAGAAGUACUAUAAUUAUAAGAUUUCAGAUAGAACAUUAGCCUUUUGAAAUCCAACUUCUGUGCAAAAUUUUAUUAUCAGAACAUACGAGAUUUGCAGGGGAAACAUCAGUAAACUACCAUUAAUGUCAAUGCCCAGUUUUGACUUUUGUUAGCCUGACACUCCCAAACAGUUGUAGAAUCCAGUAGAUGACUGAUGGCAAAAGAUUGUGAACAUGCGGAAGAAAAUCAAUGGGAUUCUGGUGCUGAUGAAUAGGUUGCCUUCAGAGUAUUAUUGACAGACAGCUUGUGGAACUAGUUCUGUAUUUUUGAUGUUGUGGGAAUUAACACAUCAUUGGUGGUUAUGGGAACUACCAAUGGGUUCCUACAAUUUUUAUCAGUAGCAUGUGGAGUAUACACCUUCCUAGUGGCAGUUGCCAAUGUUAACGAUUAUUCUUUUUAUUGCAAGUAUUUCCUAUGAUCCUUCCACACUUUAUUUCCUUAAUUAUAAUAAUAAACUUUUUCAGAAAGAAUUGAGUAGAGCAAAAAUGACAAAAAUGUAUAGCUGUGUUCAAUUUUUUUUUUUUUUUUUUUUUUUUGAGGCAGAGUCUUGCUCUGCUGGAGUGCAGUGGUGCAAUCUCGGCUCACUGCAACCUCCACCUCCCAGUUUCAAGCGAUUCUCCUGCCUCAGUCUCCUGAGUAGCUGGAACUACAGGUGUGCGCCACUACGCCCAGCUAAUUUUUGUAUUUUUAGUAGAGACAGAGUUCACCAUGUUGGCCAGGAUGGUCUCGAUCUCUUGACCUCAUGAUCCACCCGCUUCGACCUCCCAAAGUGCUGGGAUUACAGGUGUGAGCUACUGCACCCGGCCUGGAAUUUUUUUAAAGUGAAAAUGUUUUGACAAGUUCCUUUUUCAGAAUAGGUUUUUGAGCAGAACUCUUUCAGCUCAUUAGACCCAACUUUGCUUUUGUUUAGCUUCACAGCAUAGCUGAAAGUUGCCAAACUGGACAUUGUGCAAUAAAGUAGAAUUCUGUAUUGAUAAGCGAACUAUUUCCAAACUAAAAAUGUGAUAGAUAAAAGUGUGAUUCAUCAAAUGAUAUGAUCAGAGUAAAUAAUUUUGCCAUUUUAAUUCUUUUACUUUGUUUUAGCCACCUAUAGUCUUACCAACCAUCUUUAUCCUUGUCUGCAGGGAUAAUAAUGAACUAAUGUAGUGUUUUAAGAUAAUUUAAUGAUACUAUCUUUCCAAACUUUGUUAGAUUUUAAAUGUAUUAUUGACCUGAGACCUUAAUGACAAAUCACUGCUAUUAGACAAUUGAAGUGUUCAUUUACUUUGUAAUUCCAAUAAUCAUAGUUAUGGAAUUAUGGUAAGGUUUUGCUUUUCUGUCCUAAUAAAUAUAUAUAUUUUUUGA